CGCUGGGACUCCCAGUAAAGUGUAGUGGUGAUGUUGUGGUGAUCCACGCUGCCGACACCUCUCUUCAGCGUUAUCUCGUGCAAGUACACCGGCCUGGGAGAGCUCACCACGCAUGGAGUUUGAGCUCGACCCGUGUGGUGGCAACACUGGAGAUGUCGCAGAUCAACGGCAAAGACAAUGAGCCUUUCAACAGUGACGGCAGUGACUACGAGAGCUUGCCACCUCAUGUCUCAGUGAUGACCCACAUGACAGCAGGAGCCGUUGCUGGCAUACUGGAGCACACGGUGAUGUACCCGGUGGACUCUGUCAAGACAAGGAUGCAGAGUCUGCAGCCGGACCCGAAUGCUCAGUACAGAGGUGUGAUUGAAGCUCUGAAAAGGAUUAUCCAGACUGAGGGGUUCUUCAGACCGCUGAGAGGCCUCAACAUCACCAUGAUCGGCGCGGGUCCCGCUCAUGCGCUCUACUUCGCCUGCUACGAACGGGUCAAACGUUCCCUAAGUGACGUCAUUCAGAGCGGAGGCAACAGCCAUUUAGCCAAUGGUAUGGCAGGUAGUGUGGCCACUGUUCUCCAUGAUGCAGUCAUGAACCCAGCUGAAGUGGUGAAGCAGAGGAUGCAAAUGUAUAACUCGCCAUAUCGGGGGCUUUUGGACUGCGUUCGGACAGUGACGCGCACCGAGGGCAUCGGGGCCUUCUACCGCAGCUACAGCACACAGCUGACCAUGAACAUCCCCUUCCAGGCCGUUCACUUCAUCACCUACGAGCUGAUGCAGGAACAGUUAAACCCCCACAGACUUUAUCACCCCGGCACCCACAUAGUGUCAGGAGCAGCAGCAGGAGCUGUUUCCGCAGCCAUCACCACUCCACUUGACGUUUGUAAAACUCUGCUUAACACGCAGGAGAACGUUGCACUCAACUCCAUGAACAUCAGUGGCCAUUUAUCAGGAAUGGCGAAUGCCUUCAGGACAGUGUACCGGCUCGGCGGCUUUGGAGCCUUCUUCAAAGGGAUCCAAGCUCGGGUUAUAUACCAGAUGCCCUCCACCGCCAUUGCCUGGUCAGUGUACGAGUUUUUCAAGUACUUCCUGACGAAGCAGCAGAUGGAACAAGAGCAAAGACCCGGCUCCCUGUAAUGGAAACCUCACCUGAUGAAAGAAGGCUCCAACUUGAGGCAGCGUAGGCUCACUGUGUGCUAUUUGAGGAAAUAACAUCUGUCAUUAUCUCAAAGGGAAGUCACCGUGGUGGAGGUGCGACAAAGAAUGGCACUCCUUAUUGUUCACUUAGGUCAAUCUAUGUGGGUUUUCAAGUUAGGAUGAUGUUGCACAACCAGGAUAUGCGACAGAGAUGGCUAUUCUUAAAGGACAGAUAACAUGUAGAAUAGCUGAACAGUAGUCUUUUUCCUCCUCCACCCCACAAACACAUCAACCACAACUAUCCAGUAUCUUUUCUACAUGUGGUGACCUUAUAAUUAAGUUGUCUUGAAUGAUGUUUAUAGUUCUUAAUAUUGGAACUUUUUAUUUAUUUGGUUAGCUUUCUGAGGCUUGUAUUUUAUGGAUGCGGAAGAAACACAAUGCUGUUUGCUUGUUUUAUUUCACUGUGUAUUUAUAAAGAACUAUUUCGACACAUUCCUUACUUUCACUCCACGGCGAAAGGAACAGUUGCGCCUUCCAAGUGCCUCAUAAAUAUUAAAGGCUGCUUCACCUUUGUCUCUUUUGCACUGUGACUUUCGACAGAGCAAAUCCUUAUUAUCAUAUUUUUGUUUGGUCCAAGCUGUAUCCAAAAAGCUUCUUAAGAUUCUGUGAUGGGAUUAAAUAUGAUAGUUGGUCUUCAUGUUAUAACUGGUCAAAUUUGUCAAAUCUAUGCACACAAAAGUGGUGAUUUGCAAAAUUUUCAGUUAGUAUCCCUGUCACCAAUUGCUCAAAUGCCAGUCUGCAGCAAUUCUGUCUUUUUUCUCUUUUUUUUUUGUUACUGCUUUAAGUGCAAAACACCCUUGUUUUCUUGAGAGAACUGCAGUCUCUCUCAGUAUUAAGGUUUUUAGGCCGUAACGGUCCAGUCAUUUGCCUUGUUGAAGUGCAGCACUACCACGCUGUCGAAUCACGCACAAUAAUUGUCUCAUUUAAAGAACCUUACCUGUCGCAGAAAGAAGGCAGCUUGUUUAUAUGUGUUCACACAAACAUGAAUACAUAUUUUGUGGGUGACUCUUUCUGAGAAACUCCAUUACGCAGAUUUGAGUGUUUCUCCAGUAAGGCUGUUAUUUUGGAUGGUGGCCUUGUCUCAACCUUUACAUACAUUUGUACUGGUGUGAUGUUUCGCUUUUGAGUGACGUAUUUUAACUACAGUAUGUGUGUCAUAUUGACCUUGAACCUAAAGGUUGUAGAUUGUAUAUAAAAUAUUUUCAGAGUGUAAGAUUUGCUGAUACAGCGCAGACUUUUCGUGAUCCAUCAUAUUGUUAGUUUUGUUUGGAAACCGUCUUUGUUACCAUGAGACCGUGAGUAUAAAACCUAAUCAAAUCAGCUGGUGAGCAGGCAAAACUAUUUCUUUUUUUCCGCUCAUCCUGUUGUACUUACACAUUUCCUGUGUGCUCACUGCUCUCUUUAGCGUCUUGACUAUUUUCCACUCGGUAGUCAAGACAUUCCUUCAGAUAUUGAUGUAAUCCAGCAGGCAGCCAGAUUUAUUUGUUUUUAAUUACAGAGUUUUUCUUCCUCUGGCAAAGUUCAGAGAGUUCGUCAGACUCCAGCGGUCUCACAAACCCUUUAGAAGCAGAUUCAUUAUUCUUGUACAGUAGGGUAAUUGUUAAUAUACCAAAGACAUGCAUUGUAUUAUUCUAUGCAUCUUACUUUGAACCUGUAAUGAUGUGUGUGCCUGCCUGCUGUGAAUUGUCAUUUUUUCCCCUUACAGUUUCCAUUCAGUAUAGCCUUACAUUCUCUCUAUUCUCAUUUAGGUCUAGAAGCUUAUUUUCUAUGUUUGGACUGUGUUGAAAGUCUUUCUGCCUCAGCAUUGUUUAAAAGGUGAAACAUCCUGCAAAAACGUCUCAUCGACUACUAAAAUACUUGAGCAAAGGCAGUAAAAGUGGAAGUUUUAUGUUGUAAGUUUUCACUAUAUUUGGAAACGUUAAAGAUUGCAUUUUGAUCUAAUUUUUAUUGUUCAAUCUGUCUUUUUAGACUAUAUAAAAUAUUUAUAUAAGCUAUAGUUGCACAUGCAAUGUAGAUUUCACAUGAAUGGAUGAAAAGUUUUGUCUGCUUGAAUAUAAUCGUGGCAACUUUAAUCAGCAUGGAUUCACACAAAUUAGCUAAUCAUGUUGUAAAAUGAAGCCAGUAAGACUUGAUUUUUUUUUUUUUUUUUUUUGCAGUAUACUUGCAACCCUCCUUUUGAGGUGUCAAUUCAUAAUUCUCAAACCAUGUUGUGUCCAAGUACUUUUUUAUCAUGUUGUAGUAGUGUUAUGAUUGUGCUCAUUUUCUAGUACAUGCUUACAUUUUAAAGGAGAUAGCAGAGCUGAUAUACUAUGUGGGGAAUUUCCCAAAUGUAAAUAUUUUAAUGCUAUGUACGCACAAAUGAUUGAAAUGGGAGUUGGGAUGAUUUUCGCUGAGUGCCAUCUCCAGACGAGGAGUGCUUGGCAGUCGCACCAUGCAAAUAUGAAAUAAUUGUGAUGAUGCUGCUACAGUAAUGUAACACUGGAGCUGAAAUAAACAUGCAAGUGAGAAA